ACCGUGGUUGGUUGUGGUUGCGCGUUUAGCUGUUUGUCUGCUGUGUGAGCAGUGGUACCAAGUGUGUUCAGCAGAUUCUAAACCCCCAUUAGUUUGCUAUUGAGCAUGCUGUGCUGUUGUUUUGAUGGACUCGAACUUAACAGUUUGGUGUGCUGGCCGGCCUACUGUAUUACAUACCCUUGAUAUCAAAGCUAAUUUCAUCAUCGUGUUUCGAAGGGAAAAAAUAUGGCGUCGCCGACCAAUUCCACACAGCUGGAGGAUCAGGAGCCUCCUUACAACCCAUUACAGCUUGCCAUACUUGUAACUCUCUUCAUCAUUAUUGGGUUGUCUAUGCUUGUGGGCUACCUCUGGGUGAUUGUGACCGUGGCUCGCAAUUCACACCUCCGCACCGUCUCCAACUCCUUCCUGGCAAGCCUUUCCGUGGCUGAGAUUUUCACCGGAGUUUUGGGCCAACCCAGCAUAAUCGUUUUCGUAAACUUACAAACUUUCAGCCAGAUUUCCUACUUCUUCUCGGUCUGGGUAGUAUCUUUCUGUUUCGUGGGAUAUUUCUUGAAUGCAGUUCUCAUAGCGGCCGACAAGUGGUUCAAAAUCUCCCAUCCUUUUGUUUACGUCCGGAUGAUGACGCGGGCCAAGUGUGCCGUCUGCCUGGCCGUGGUUUGGGGGUUGGCCACGGUAGGCACUCUCCUUGGCGCGGUCGGUCAAACCUUCUUGUCCAACAUUUCGUUGGAGAAUUCAGACGCCGCCUAUACCUCUUUGGUUUCGGGGACUUUGGUCUACUUUUAUGUGUUUAUUUUACCUAGCAUAGUCAUCAUCAUGGUAUUUAACUGCUUGAUCGUGCGUAUUGCGAGGCGCCAGGCACGGGCCAUAGCGGCAGAUCUACCGGUCCCUCCCCGGCAGUUGAAUCCUGGUGAUCCCCAAAACGCUCAGGUUGAGGUCAACCAUCGCAAGAGCACCAAACAAUUCUCCAUCUUUCUGUUUACAUUUGUGCUGGCCUGGGUCCCCCUGGCCGUUAUAUUAUACGUUAUGAGCUUCUUUGGUGCCCUGUCCAUGGUGUCACUCAAUGUUGUAUUCUUGGCCUUUUCGACGGUCGCAGUGGGCCAGGCGGCAUUUGGAACUUUUAUUCUGACGAUCCUACAGCCCGAGUUCAGACAGAUACUGAAGCUGAACCUGCGAUAUGUGGGGAAGAAACUGCGUUGUUUCCCCCGCGGGAGCCAAUAACUUGGGCGGGGCAAGUAGUAGGGGAAGGGGGUUAGUCUCGCGGAGUGGGCAUCUGAGAACCAAUUUUAAAUUCAUCAGUAAUUCUGACACUGCGUCAAAUAGAACAAUAUUCUGUAAAUUGUUGAAGAGCAGUCGUACGACGGCUGAGCUGAUAACGUUAAUUAUAUCAAGUCUUUGUACCCUAAGGUUAAAGUCUGUUUUCCCAGGCGAACUUUUUGGACAGUCUUCAACUUUGAAUUGUCGCGUUAACGGAAGGGUUUGUUAUGUCUAGGGAGAACCUUUCACGUACAAUCUAUGUGAAAACCUGUUUUUUUUGUGUCUGAGGAUCAUUAUGAUGACUGGAUCGUAUUGAGGAAAGCGCAGCUGGAAUGUCAAAGGAAUUUCGGCGUGAUCGUAUUCGAGAGACAGAAACAGAGCACAUGGACAUGCUAUUUCUUUUUUAAUGUUUCUUAUCAUGACUCUUCAUAUUGUGGAUGUGUUCAACCCGAGGAAAGUUUGCCAGGUGAUUCUAUAUUAGAACAGCUGUUCUUGAAAUGACGUUUCUGUUCCGUGAAUUCUCAACGGCCUCACUUCACCGCAGCAAACUUUGCAUUGGAUCAAUUCUGCUAAAAAAAUAACAAGAACUUAUUUACAAAAUCCGGGUCGAUAUUGAAUAAUCCAGCUGCACUGAUUUAUCGACUGCAGUUUUUCUUUUGACUGCGGCAUUUAUUUCCGUCGUGGCUUUUGAAAAUGUUGGUCUCUGUAAAACGCUGUGAAAUAGCAGUAAAUUAGACUGUAGAUACCAAAGUUUAUGUGCAAUAAUUCCACAAAUCAAAGAAGUACUACAAAUUGAAUCGAUGAUACCUGAAGGUUCGGCGUAAAUUUGUUUGUCACGAAACUUUGAUUUGCCGUGGAUGCGUUUAGUAAUGGCUGUGUUAACAGUUUCGUCUGCUUUUCUAAUUUGGGCGGGAAUUCUGCUCGUUGAGGGAAUUGCACCACUUCACAAGACUGCAGAGAAGGUCCCUGAUAGUUACAUCGUCAAACUCAAGGAUAAUUGCGACGUGGAUGUGGUGGCCCAACAGCUAGAGGACCACGUGAUCAUGCGUCGAUCGGGUGGCAGACUGACCCACCGAUACCGGAGAUCCAUACGGGGAUUCGGCGCUUAUCUCCCCACCAAAGAAGCCGUCAACCUGGUGUUGAAUCACGAAGCAGUGGAAUAUGUGCAGGAGAAUGGUAUCGUCCGUGUAACGUCACUAGAUGAGGCACAACUGACGUCAUCGAGCGCAUCACGGGAGACGUCUUCGAAUAUACCAUGGAACUUGGACCGGAUUGACCAGGCUGAGUUACCGUUAGAUGGACGAUAUAACCCAGCAAAUGACGGCAAUGAUGUAACGGUAUACGUCUUAGACACCGGCAUCCUGCCGACACACGCAGAGUUUGGCCAGCGGGCCAGUGCUUGCUUUGAUGCUUUGGGUGGCACUGGCAUUGACUGCACGGGUCAUGGGACUUACGUAGCUGGUAUUGUAGCAGGAGAGACGUACGGUGUGGCUAGCAAGGUUCGAGUGUGUGGUGUUCGAGUAGUCGGUGCUAGCUGUGAUACAGAGGGGACGGUGGCUGAUGUAGUUGCUGGUAUAGACUGGGUAGGUCACCAUGCCUCUAAGCCAGCUGUUGUCACUCUGUCGCUCAACAUGUACGGCGAGCACAUCCCACUAGGCCACGCCUUGGACGGCUUGAUAGAGCUGACGGGCGUCACGGUGGUUGUCGCGGCCGGUAACAUGGACGAUGAUGCCUGCAACUGCAGUCCGUCCGGUAACGAACAGGUCAUCACUGUUGGAGCAACGAACGUGGAAGACACGAGGUGGCCAUCAUCCAACUGGGGGCCCUGUGUAGAUAUCUUUGCGCCUGGAGUCGAGGUUAAGAGUGCUACCCGCACGGGACCUCACGAUACCAUGAUUCUGAGCGGCACGUCCGUGGCAUGUCCGCACGUUGCAGGAGCUGCAGCGAUCAUAUUGGCUGAGGACCCGUCCCUGACUCACGCCAGUGUCAAGGCCAAGAUUCUGGCCGCUGGUACCCCGGACGUACUGCUCUUCAAUCAGGGUAACACGACGGAAACCAUCGAAGCCACGGACAACCUGCUGAUGCGCGUUCAGACAGAGGGGGCGCCCUCUGAAGUCAAAGAGAACUUUGAAGAAAAGACCGAAUUGAACAUUGAAAAACCGAUUCCAAAGAUUGUUUUCCAGAACGUGGAUCGCAGUCAAAUUGAACCUUAACAGUAGAGAAUGAUCCUUUCAUAAUUAAAUAAUAAUAAAUUCAAAUGAUUACUGUAAUGGGGCGGUAUAGAGGCCUGUAGGUCUAUAUAGAAUACAUUUUUUUCCACGUUCCUCCAAUUAAUUUUUUUAUUGAACCAUGUUAUUUUUCAUGAAGAUUUCAUGAAGAAUCACAGAGGCGUUUUCAACAAUGACACCCCCAAAUAUUUAUGCCAUAUUCCGUGAUUUAAAAAAAAAAUAUUUUCAGCAGCCUGAGGAGCGCGAACUUUGGGUCGAAACCAGAUGGAGAAUUUGUUUUCCAUGUUCAAAAUUUUCUGAUCUAAAAUAUUGAGGCACUUGAGAUGUAUUUAAAGGGUUCGUGAGAUGAAUAUUUCUUAGGAUCACAUUAUUCUGUGCAACUUGCUACUCCUCUUAAAUGUAUAUGAUAUCACUAUUUGGCAUCCCUUUUUGGUUAAUUUUAUUGAAACGUGCACUUCUUUAAACAUUUAAAAUUAUCCAUGCUUUUCCGGAGAAGAAGUGAGUGCGCUACUGUUGUGACGUCAUUUCAGGAAGUCCGACACUGUUCAGUUUAGGGGUUUUCUUUUCAAAAUGUUAACCCAAAUUUUGCUCAUUGAAAACGUCUGUGAGAAAGGCUUACUGCCAUGUAC